AUGCGUCACCUCCCGAACGAAAUUUUCUUUCUCAUCUUCCAUUAUCUCAACCUGAAGCCUGAAAACAAUGGCCGGAGACCCCCUUCCUCGCGGCGUUUCCACGCCCUCUCUCAGCUCUUGUUGGUAUGCCGAACAUGGUAUCACGUCUUCCUUGCCCAGGUUUACCUUUCUCUCGAAGUCGACAAUCCACAGAGACGACUUUACCGGCUAGCCCGCUUGUUGUUGGAGAACCCCGGAUUGGCGUCUUUCGUACAGAGACUCUGGACUGGCGGUUAUGAAAUCGACAUUGCUCCCACCAAUGACAUUGAGGAUAAAGAUGUUUUCCUGGAUCCAGAUGAUGAUGGACUUCUGGAUAAUCCUCACACCAGACCAUUCCAUGAUAUCUUGAUCAGAGCAAUCCCGGAGCGCAAAGAACGCCGCAGAUGGCAACGCGAUCUCAUCAGAGGUUUGCCUGAUGCCUGGAUAGCAGUUCUCUUCUUCCUUGUGCCGAACCUGCGAUUCUUCAAAUUGGAUCAUUCCAUCGGUCCCAAAAUGUGGUCCACUCUCAUUCUCUCCCGCAUCGCAACCGUCGCAGUGGAUUUCCCAUUCAGACCACUGCAGUUCCUAGAAGAAGUCUUUGUGUCCGAAAAUUCACCUUUCGCAACUCGCUCACACUUGGACUUCAUCCCAUUUCUACACUUCCCGGCCAUGCGAUCCUUCUUCGGCCACAGCCUCACCGAUAGGCCGGAGGAAGACUACCCACAGCCAUGCCCGGCAUUGCUGCCCCCGCGCCGGUCCUCUGGAAUCACAAGACUGGUACUGAGCUAUAUCCAUGGCAGGAGCAGUAUACUCCGGUAUAUCACUGCCUGUGCAAAUCUCCAGGUCUUCAAGUACGAGCACACCGAUGACCAUAGCACUGGAUUUUUCCCCGUUUGGAGUCCCCAGCAUCUCUACCAGGCCCUGGAGACGCAGAAGCAUAGUCUCCAGGGGCUGUACGUAGGGUACUGGGACUUCAAAAGGGAAUCAUUCGCGGAGGUGUACCGCUUGAUCACCUUCCGGCCUGGUUUUUGGGGUUUCGGCUCCCUGGUGGAAUUCACCCACCUACGCGAGAUUGACAUCCCUGUGGUGUUCUUUCUUGAGUUUCUAGGGGGAGUGCCAGCACUGGACCUGCUUGAUAAGUUGCCAAGCAGUGUAGAGAAGCUUUGCCUGUCGGAGAUUCUGGAUCGCGACAUUGACAUCGUUGUCAGUGCACUCUGUGCAAUGGUGUCAUCUCGUGACCAGUUUCCCCGGCUGCAGGUUAUCGAGGUGUGCUUGCUUGGUUUGUUCCCUGGUGAGAGAAAUGGCGAGUGGUUUGUGCUUGUGCGUGCUGCUUUUGCGGCACUUCAGGGGAUGUGCAACGUGGCUGGGGUUGAGCUUCGCUAUUCUAGCUACAGGGCAAGCCGGCCCAAGGUUUGGCCUGCACUUGAGAAGCGUUUGUUCGCUCCCGUCGCUUGA